AGAGUUGCUUCCUAAGCUGAGCCCAAAUGGAGAACCAAAUACUAGCUGGUAAAUUUUUAACUCUUAAUCUAAUCAUUUCUAUUUUGCUAUGUGCUUAUGUAUUCAUUGUUUAUAGGUUUAGGCGAAGAAAUCGCAAUGCAAUUUGCAAGUCGAUUUUGAAAUGCUUUCACAGUCUCCUUGAGUUGCCUUAUCCGACGUAUGCACAUGUUCCAUUAGAAAUUCAGAAGAUGUGGCUCCGUUCAUUUGCGCAAGAUUGGAACUGGGACCCUGCUUUCACCAAUGAUGUGCGGACAGCCUUUAAUUUGCAGGCUAGAAAGCAGUACACGAGCAACGUGACUGAGUGGAAGAAAAAGUGGAGGCUGAAGAAGGAUAAACCCAUAUGUCUGAAUCAAGAUGUGUGGGACGGGUUUAAAGCCUAUUGGCAGCUCGAUGCUACUGCACAUAUUGCAGCUACCAAUUCUGUUAAUAGAAGAAGCAAGCGUGGUGGAAAAGGUGAAGCAGUACACAAUGGUGGUGUUAAGACACGAGAGGAACGUGAGAUAGAAAUGGUAAGCAGUAUAUUUUUUUUCAACUUUUUUAAUUUCAUCAUAUACAUUGAACUGAUACUCUUAUAUCAUUUGUGUGUUUAUUGGAAGACUGCUGAAAGGGGUGGUGUGCCACCAGAUUGGUUAGAAUUGAUGAGGGAUAUGCACACCAAUAAACAAACCGGUGAGGUGCAAGAUCCUGUUGCGAGAGAGCUGUUGGCAACUCUGAGUAAGCUGAAGGAGGACAAAGAAGCACAACUUCAGCAGUCUCAUCAGUUGUCUGCGAAUGAUGGAUCUACAGCUUCUAACAUGCUGUCCCGCGAAGAGAUCAACCAACUGGUUCUCGAGGUAUGUCUACUUUAUGUGUUUAGGUUGUGCAUUGAUUAUAGGGGUUUGAACAGGGUGACUGUGAAGAACAAGUACCCUUUACCCAUGAUUGAUGAGUUGUUGGAUCAACUCCGUGGAGCCAAGUGGUUCUCCAAGAUUGACUUGGCCUCUGGGUAUCAUCAGAUCCCCAUUGCACCAGAUGAUGUGAGGAAGACAGCGUUCCGAACUAGGUAUGGCCACUAUGAGUUUGUGGUUAUGCCGUUCGGACUGACCAAUGCACCUGCUGCAUUCAUGAAGAUGAUGAACGACAUCUUCAGGGAAUACUUGGACGAGUUUGUGAUCAUCUUCAUUGAUGAU